AUGUCGGAAAAUAUUAGGGAAAGCAUUUCUGCAAAGACUCUAUCCAAAGACCAGAUGGAGACAUCUUAUGUCAGCCUUAAGACAUGGAUCGAGGACUCUCUGGACCUGUUCAAGAAUGAUCUUCUUCCCCUUCUGUACCCUCUAUUCAUCCACAUCUACUUCGACCUGAUACAGCAGAACAAGACCGACGAGGCGAAGGAGUUUUUUGAGAAGUAUAGAGGCGACCACUAUAACAAGUCCGAAGAGAUAAAGCAGUUUGAAAGCAUCUACACGGUGCAGCACAUCCAUGAAAACAACUUUGCCUACACCUUCAAGAACUCUAAGUACCAUCUGUCCAUGGGGAGGUAUGCAUUCGACCUCCUCAUAAACUUUCUUGAGGAGAGGAAUCUGACAUACAUAUUGAAGAUACUCAAUCAGCACCUGGACAUUAAGGUGUAUGUUGGGCCAAAGAGCGAGGAAAGGCCGCAGGGGAUUGAGACAAGCGUUGUUGAUGCAGAAAUCGAUCUGACCACGUUUCUGGUUUCUAGGGAGUGCGAGGAUGCAAUCCUCGGAGACGAGCAGUACAGAUACGACCAUCUUGAAACAUACGUGUUGCAGCUGAGGAAGCAAAGGGAAAUGAAGCCGAAGGAUUCGGUCUACAAACCCAACGCAUCCCAGAUCCAUGCUGAGAUCGAAAAGUUAAAGGACCUCUGCAAAAGAGUGGCCGUGAACAAGAACAAUCUCCCCAGUAUCUGUUGCUACACGAUACAUAACACAUAUGAGGGUCUUACAGCAGCAGAGAUCAGUAAUGACUUAAAGCUGAUGGCGUGUGGAUUCAAGGACAGCUAUGUGGAGGUGUAUUCGCUGACUAACGAGUCUCUGAAAAAGCUUAAGAGCAGCUCCGAGCUUGCCAAGUCAGACAUCAAGACACUGAAUGAGGAGAAGUUUGAGGAAGUUGGUAGUAGCUACAAGCUUGUUGGACAUUCCGGGCCUGUGUAUGGAUUGAAGUUCUUCUCGUCAAACAAGUUUCUUGUUUCGAGCUCUCAGGACUGCACUGUGUGCUUGUGGAGCCUUGAUCUUUUGUGUCUACUUGCUGUUUACAAAGCCCAUGCAUUCCCUGUCUGGUGUGUGGAUGUUGCCCCCAAUGACUACUUCUUUGCAAGUGGGGCGGGAGACAGACAGGCCAUUGUAUGGUCUGUUAUGACAUCUAAGCCCGAAAGACUUAUAAUAUCUUCUCUCAGCGAUGUGACUGCUGUGAAGUUCCAUCCGAACUCGAGCUAUCUGUUUACAGGGUCCUCUGACCACAGGGUAAGGAUGCAUGACAUAAGCACGGCAUCUGUUGUUCGGAUUUUCUGUGGACACACUGAUACGGUAACAUGCAUGGACGUUUCGCACUGCGGUAAGUUCCUGGCCAGUGGGAGCAAGGAUAGAACGGUGUUGCUCUGGGACAUCCAAAGCUCAAAGCUCCUAGGGAAAUAUGUAGGCCAUGAAAACACUGUGUUUUCAGUGUCCUUCUGCUUCUACGGAAGUGUACUUGCGUCUUGCGGUGCAGACAACAGUGUCAGGCUCUGGGAUAGAACCGACCACAAGGGAGGCUGCCUGGGAACGUACUAUACCAAGAACACUCCCCUCCUAUGCGUUAAGUUUGGGUACAGGAAUAUAAUAUCAUGCACAGGUCCUUUCAUAAGCUAG